AUGAAGGCAAAGGAGGCAGAGCCUGAGCGCUCGCAAGAAUGUCUUCUGCUGCUUCUGCUGUCCUUGCUGCUGCUUCCUCUGGGCCUCCCAGUCCUGGGCGCCCCCCCACACCUCAUCUGUGACAGCCGAGUCCUGGAGAGGUACAUCCUGGAGGCCAGGGAGGCCGAAAAUGCCACGCUGGGCUGUGCUGAGGGCUGCAGCUUCAGUGAGAACAUCACUGUCCCGGACACCAAGGUUAACUUCUAUGCCUGGAAGAGGAUGGAGGUCCAGCAGCAGGCUGUGGAAGUCUGGCAGGGCCUGGCCCUGCUCUCCGAAGCCAUCCUGCAGGGCCAGGCCCUGUUGGCCAACUCGUCCCAGCCAUCCGAGGCCCUGCAGCUGCACGUGGACAAAGCUGUCAGCGGCCUGCGCAGCCUCACCUCCCUGCUUCGGGCACUGGGAGCCCAGAAGGGAGCCGUCCCCCUUCCAAACGCAGCCUCCUCUGCAGCCCCGCUCCGAACAUUCACUGUUGAUACUUUGUGCAAACUUUUCCGAAUCUACUCCAAUUUCCUGCGGGGAAAGCUGACGCUGUACACAGGGGAGGCCUGUAGGAGAGGGGACAGGUGACCCGGUGCUCCCACCCCGGGCACGUCCACCACCUCGCUCACCACCACUGCCUGUGCCACGCCUUCUGCACCUCCACUCCCAACCCCUGUCGAUGGGCCAUCAGCUCAGCGCCAGACUGUCCCACGGACACUCCAGGGCCAGCGGUGAUAUCUCAGGGGCUAGAGGAACUGUUCAGAGCUCAACUCAGAUCUAAGGAUGUCACAGGGUCAGCCUGAGUCUCCAAAGCAGGAGGAAUUCAGAGAGUUCAACUUAAACUUGGGGACAGCGCCAUGCUGGGGAGACACUGAUACUCAUCUCAGUGCCUUGCAGAACCGUGCUGCUGCGUGAUGCUGGGACAAGCUGGAGGGCACCUAGCAAGCAGGGACAGGACGGACCGGAGAAUUUAGGGGGCAAGCCAUGAAUUCUCCGGGUCUCAUGGGGACUCCGUGACAGCAGAGCCCGCUGGAUAAGGAGGGUGGU